AUGUGGAUGGUCCUCAGCGAGGACUGGCGCGACUGGACAACGGCCGCAAGGAGGGCAUGGGCACAUACCUUCUACGACACCAUCCUCGAUGCCCCGUGGUGGAAGCGCGCGGAGUUUUUCGUGAAGCUGCUGGAUCUCCCGUACGUCGUCAUGUGCAAGACGGACUCGGAUGCGAAGGGCAUGAUGGGUCGUCUUUACGACCUCAUGCUCCAGCUCACCGAGGACAUCCGCGACCGUCUCGACGAGCAUGCGGAAGGGGUCCUGUCAAGGGGAGAGGUGGGGGAGGUUCGGAAGAUCGUGCAGGACCUCACCAGGAAGGACGGGGUCGAGCGCCGCGCCUCCCUCGUCAUCCAAGAAGGCUUCACUGCCUUCCUCAACCUCCAAGGCAGCUUCGGCAUGCCCGACGCUAUUGCCAACCGUGAGGCAGUGAAGGAGGGCAAGAUGACCGCGGUCGCCUGGUGGACGUGGCACGGGACCGACUAUCCCGAGCUCACCACGCUUGCUUGCCGCGUCCUCACUCAGCCGGUGUCCGCGUCACCAUGUGAGCGGAACUGGGCGAAGUUUGAUGCCGUGCACACGGCAAGACGGAACUGCCUCGGCUCGGAGAAGCACUGGGAUCUCGUUGGGUCAUACUUCAAGAACCCCUGCUACGUGGGAGCAUGCAUCAACGAUGGCAAGGGCGCCUACUCGUGCAUCUGCCCUCCCAACCACUUGCAGAGCACUACUGUUGACGCCUUCCCCACCUGCGAUCCAGCGAGCACCACAGCCACCACGAUGGCAGUCAGUGGAGACAACUGGAUGUGCUCUGAUGUUCAUCAACUUGUUGGCCUCUCACUGGAUAAAUUCACUCUUCAGAAUGCAGUAAGGACCGGCACACAGCUCCAGUCAACUGAUGAGGACCUCGCCUCACUCAACCCCGGCCUUGACUGCUCCGAGCCCAUUAAGGUGGGUCGCUCUGUGUGCCUCGAGCGCAGUUCUACCUUCGCCUACACGGUGCCUCAGUGUCUGCAGUACGGCAAGCUCACAGCGCAAGACACAUGCGACAAGCUGAGGACCACUAGUGCCGGGGGGGUCUCGUGGCCGGAGGUGUACCGCAACAAUCCUGGCCUUACAUGCUCCGCCACCAUCCCUUCAUCUGCCUCCUCUGUUGGCAGCAAUAUUGGCGUACAGGUGAGGGCUAUGAGGGGGAGCAUGUGGAGGAAGGGAGGGGGGCAGUAG